UCACUACAAAGAGUCGGUUCUUGAAGUCAAAUCUUUCGUGACCGAGUCAUCACUUUCAUUUGGCUCAUUUAGACAGCUCGCGCUAGCUAGGUAGUGAGCAUCUAGACUGAAACAGUCUUAGUUUAUUUUGUAUUAUUAGCUUGUAUUAUAUUCUAAAGCCUAAUUUACCGCUAGUGUGCUAAACUCGCUAGUUAGCUAACAGGGGGCAAGUUACUCUAAGCUAACGUGUUGCCUAGGCAACGUAGCUUAGCCUAGCUAGGUUAGCUUAGCAUGUACGGUUUGUAUACAAUCCUCGCAGCUCUAUUCUCCUUUUUAAUACUGAAAUGGAUGAAAAGAAGAAGAUACUGUGUGGAUACGAAGCGACUGGAUGGGAAAACUGUUCUUAUCACAGGAGGAAACUCUGGGAUUGGUAAAGAGACAGCUGUGGGUCUGGCCCUGCGAGGAGCCCGGGUCAUUAUCGCAAGCAGGGAUGAGGACAAAUCGAGGAAGGCUGUGAGGGAGAUCAAGGCCAGGAGCCACAGCAUGAACGUGCUGUAUAUGGAGCUGGAUCUGGCCAACAUGAAGUCUGUACGAGAAUUCUGCAAAUCAUUCCUACAGAAGGAGAAGAGGCUGGAUAUCCUCAUUAAUAAUGCAGCAAUGCCCAGUGUCCUAGACUGGACCGACGACAAUUUCUCCAUGUGUUUUGGUGUGAACCACCUUGGGCACUUCCUCCUCACCAACCUGCUGCUGCCCCGUCUGAAGGAGAGCUCCCCCAGCCGAGUGAUCACGCUUACCUGCUCCAACUACAAGUACCAGAAACUGAACUUCCAGGACCUCAAUUACAACCUCUUCCCCUUCUUCACCUACUGCCGCAGCAAGCUGGCCAACAUCUACUUCACACAGGAGCUGGCACGCAUGAUGGAGGGGAAAAAAGUGACUGCAUACGCUGUGCAUCCAGGUUACGUCCAGAGUAACUGGACCUGCCACUACUCAUUCCUGUUCCAGAUGCUGAUGAAGGUCAUCAUGUUUAUGUUCUAUGUGUCGUGCGAGGCGGGGGCUCAGACGGUCAUCCACUGCGCUGUAGCGGAUGAGGUUGUCGCUCACAGCGGGGGCUACUUUUCUGACUGCAGACCUGCCAACUUACAGGCUUUCGCCAAAGAUGCCGGCGUGGCCAAAAAACUGUGGGAGGCGAGUGAGAGACUAGUUAAACUUGCCUGAGGAGGGUCUGGAUAUUGGUGCCUCUUUUUAAGUUAUUAUUUAUUGAACAGUUUAUUUUUUGACACAGUGAUGAUGUGGCUUGUGUGAAGAUCCAGGCUCAUACUGCAGUCAUUUGCUGGAAUAAAUGGUUUGUUUUUGA